UCGCGGGUGGGCUGCUGAGGUUAGGGAGGACUAAUUGAGGAGGCUGGGAAGUCUAACUCGUGCAGCGGCCCUCGGUGCAGAACGCCAGGUAAUUCUGGCAUCAGCCCCUUUGGCAGGAAAUAGUGAGGUCCCCCUCUCCUCCCAACUCUUCUCAGCUGCUGCCUCCCUCCUACGGGUGAAUUCUCUCUCCCGAACAGGGCUGAUUUCCUAGGCUUUCUUUCCUUCCCUCGGCAGCGCUCUGACGUGCAUACCAUGUGACAGGUCCCCUUCUGCUAUAAGCCGAGGAAGGUCCGCCCUCUCCUGGACUCAGCCCUGGCCUCGCCGAGCUCUGUUCCUAAACUCUCACCCGUCCCGCACGUUCUUGGGCGCCUGGCAUUCGGAUUCGCCCGCCCGGACCCCGCCACCCCCUCCUCAACCGACGGGGCAAAAGCUGCUCCGAGAGGAGAAGGUCAAGUGCUCCGCCCGGGACGGACGCGAGCGGAGCCCAGGGAGCGCAGCAUCCGCGGCGGCGCAGGAGUUACAAAGUCUGCGCGCGAGACUCCGCCGCCACCCAGCAGCCCCGGCGCAGCUCCGGCAGCCGCAGUCGCAGCACUCCCAGCGUGGCGCCCCCCGGCCGGGCCUGGCGCCCGGGACCAGGGCUGGGGCGCAGAGGGAACCCGGGGCCCGGCGACCCCAUGCGCCGCCCCACCGCCGCCGCGCCACAGCUAUGACCCUGAGCACUGAGAUGUCCGAUGCCUCCGGCCUCGCCGAGGAAACAGACAUCGACGUGGUGGGGGAGGGCGAGGAGGAAGACGACGAGGAAGAGGAGGACGACGACGAGGGCGGCGGUGGCGGGCCUCGGCUGGCUGUCCCCGCGCAGCGGCGGCGGCGGCGCUCCUACGCCGGGGAGGACGAGCUGGAGGAUCUGGAGGAGGACGACGACGACGAUGACAUCCUCCUGGCCCCGCCUGCUGGGGGCUCCCCGGCGCCCCCGGGCCCGGCCCCGGCGGCAGGGGCAGGAACCGGUGGGGGCGGCGGCGGCGCGGGCGGCGGCGGCGGCGGCGGCGGGAGCGCGGGUAGCGGCGCCAAGAACCCGCUGGUGAAGCCGCCGUACUCGUAUAUCGCGCUCAUCACUAUGGCCAUCCUGCAGAGCCCCAAGAAGCGGCUGACGCUGAGCGAGAUCUGCGAGUUCAUCAGCGGCCGCUUCCCCUACUACCGGGAGAAGUUCCCCGCCUGGCAGAACAGCAUCCGCCACAACCUCUCGCUCAACGACUGCUUCGUCAAGAUCCCCCGCGAGCCCGGCAACCCAGGCAAGGGCAACUACUGGACGCUGGACCCUGAGUCCGCCGACAUGUUCGACAACGGCAGCUUCCUGCGCCGGAGGAAGCGCUUCAAGCGGCAGCCGCUACUCCCACCCAACGCCGCGGCCGCCGAGUCGCUACUGCUGCGCGGCGCGGGAGCCGCAGGGGGCGCGGGCGACCCGGCAGCCGCCGCCGCGCUCUUCCCGCCUGCGCCGCCGCCGCCCCCGCAUGCUUACGGCUACGGCCCCUACGGCUGCGGCUACGGCCUGCAGCUGCCUCCUUACGCGCCGCCCUCGGCCCUCUUCGCUGCCGCCGCGGCCGCCGCAGCCGCCGCCGCCUUCCACCCGCACUCGCCCCCGCCGCCCCCGCAGCCGCAUGGCGCGGCCGCCGAGCUGGCCCGGACCGCGUUCGGCUACCGGCCGCACCCGCUCGGCGCCGCCCUGCCCGGCCCCCUGCCGGCCUCCGCGGCCAAGGCGGGCGGCCCGGGCGCCUCAGCGCUGGCGCGCUCGCCUUUCUCCAUCGAGAGCAUCAUCGGGGGCAGCUUGGGCCCGGCCGCCGCUGCCGCCGCCGCCGCGCAGGCCGCCGCCGCGGCUCAGGCCUCGCCCUCGCCCUCGCCAGUGGCUGCGCCGCCCGCGCCCGGAUCCAGCGGAGGAGGCUGCGCAGCGCAGGCGGCCGUGGGCCCGGCGGCCGCGCUUACCCGCUCCCUCGUGGCCGCCGCGGCCGCCGCCGCUUCCUCCGUCUCCUCGUCCGCCGCCCUGGGGACUCUGCACCAAGGGACUGCCCUGUCCAGUGUCGAGAACUUUACUGCUAGGAUAUCCAAUUGUUAAUAACGCUAUGUUAGCGCGCUCGAGGAAGAAGGGAGAAAACGGACUCUCGCGGGCUCAAAUGAAGUUCUCUCCCCUACCCCCGCCCCCAGUUAAAUGUUUGAAGGAGGUUAAACUCUCUCACCCUCAAACUUACCCCUAAAUCGAUAAUACAAGUUGAAAUAUUGUUAGACCAAAGUCUUGUAUACAAAAGUUACUUUUACUCUAGCCCGGUUAAGAGAGAGGAGUCAUUGAAUCCGAGAACGUCUGGACUCCACGCGCCGCCUCGGGUGGAGAGGCGUUGGCAGGCGGAAUCCAAACGCCACAGACACUGCUGGCGCGCCUGGUAGCCUUCUGUAAUGCAUGCAUCUGAAAUUUAGAUCUGAAAAUAGUUACAAAGAGAG